GACCCAGAAGUCGACCUCACUUCUCUUUCUGCUUCGUUAGACGCUCCUCUGUAUCCUCUCCCUGUGUGUCCCUUUAUUUUAUUCUUUUGUUUCUGGUGUGUUUGUCGAGUUCAGGCGGGGAUGGCGGAGCUGGAGGGGCUGGAGUUCGGAAAGUCGGACUUUGUGCUGCUGGAUGAGGUGACGAUGGAGCAGUUUAUGGAGAACCUGAAGCUGAGGUUUGAAAAGGGGCGGAUCUACACCUACAUCGGGGAAGUGGUGGUGUCCGUUAACCCAUACAGACAGAUGGACAUUUACGGCAAAGAAGCCAUCGAUGCGUACCGAGGCCGAGAGCUGUAUGAAAACCCUCCUCACCUGUAUGCGGUGUCCGACGCUGCCUACAAAGCCAUGAAAAGACGAGCUAAAGACACCUGCAUCGUCAUCUCAGGUGAGAGCGGUGCAGGAAAAACAGAAGCCAGUAAAUACAUCAUGCAAUACAUCGCAGCCAUCACAAACCCCAGCCAGAGGGCGGAGGUGGAGAGCGUGAAGAAUGUUCUGCUGAAGUCUAACUGUGUGCUGGAGGCCUUCGGGAACGCCAAGACCAACCGCAACGACAACUCCAGCCGCUUCGGGAAGUACAUGGACAUCAACUUCAACUUCAACGGGGAUCCCACAGGAGGACACAUCAACAACUACCUGCUGGAGAAGUCCAGGGUGGUCCAGCAGCAGGGAGGGGAGAGGAACUUCCACUCUUUCUACCAGCUGCUGCGCGGAGGCACUGAGGAGACCCUGAAGUCAUUUCACCUGGAGAACAACCCUGCACUCUACACCUACACCAGAGAGGGCGCUGCAGCUGCUACAACCAACAACGACCGAUCGAACCACAAAGCGGUGAUGAGUGCCCUUGAUGUGAUCGGCUUCUCAAAAGAAGAAAUCAACUCCAUCUACCAGAUCCUGGCGGCCAUUUUGCUCUUGGGUAACGUGGAGUUUGGGAGCGAAGGUGAGAUCGUUCAUGUUGUGGAUCAGGACACAGUGACCCACAUCUCAGAGCUGACGGCCACGGACCCGGAAUCCGUCACCAAGGGCCUGCUUUACCGGACCGUGGCGACCGGCGGCGGUGAUGUCAUCGAGAAGGGGCACACAGAGAAGGACGCCUGCUUCGGUCGGGAUGCCUUCGCCAAGGCGCUCUACGAGAGGCUCUUCGGCUGGAUCGUCAGCCGCAUCAACGGCAUCAUCGAGGUGAAAGACUACAACCCAGUGCUUCAUGGGAAGAACACGGUCAUAGGAGUGCUGGACAUCUACGGCUUUGAGAUCUUUGACAACAACAGUUUUGAACAGUUCUGCAUCAACUACUGCAACGAGAAGCUGCAGCAGCUGUUCAUCGAGCUGAUCCUCCAGCAGGAGCAGGAGGAAUACCAGAGAGAGGGAAUCACCUGGCAGCAUAUUGAUUACUUCAACAACCAGAUCAUCGUGGACCUGGUGGAGCAGCAGCACAAAGGGAUCCUCUCCAUUCUAGACGAGGCUUGUCUCACUGUUGGAAAGGUGACCGACACGGUCUGUCUGGAGAGCAUGGACACCAAGCUGGCUCAGCAUCCUCACUACACGUCCCGCAAGCUCAGUCCCACCGAUAAAACCAUGGACUUCCAGAAGCACUUCCGCAUCCGCCACUACGCCGGAGACGUCACAUAUUCUGUUGAUGGCUUCCUGGACAAAAACAAGGACCUUCUGUUCCAAGACUUCAAGCGCCUCAUGUACAACAGUGCCAACCCGGUCCUGAAGGAGAUGUGGCCAGAUGGUCAGCUGAGCAUCACAGAGGUCACCAAGCGACCUCUGACUGCAGGGACCCUUUUCAAGAACUCCAUCGUGGCUCUGGUCGAUAAGCUGGCCUGUAAGGAGCCGUACUACGUGCGAUGCAUAAAACCCAACGAGAUGAAGUCACCGGUUCUGUUUGACGACGCGCGCUGUCAGCACCAGGUGGCCUACCUCGGCCUGCUGGAGAACGUGAUGGUUCGCAGGGCCGGCUUCGCCUACAGGCAGCAGUACCCGCGCUUCCUGCAGAGGUAUAAAAUGACCUGCGAGUACACCUGGCCCAACCACCUGAUGGCCACGGACCGGGAGGCUGUGGAGGCCAUCAUCACGCAGCACGGUUUCCAGGGCGACGUGGCGUACGGCCACACGAAGCUGUUCGUGCGAACGCCGCGGACUCUGUUUACCCUGGAGCAGGAGAGAGCCACCCUCAUCCCCAUCCUGGUGCUCUUCCUGCAGAAGGUGAGCCCUCACACCUUCAUCACCAUCAUCAUCAUCAUCAUCAGGGUCACUUCAGAUCACCAAUAUCAGUGGUGGGCGAGGCAGAUCGUGAAGAACAUCCCUCCGUCUGAGAUGUUGGAGGUUCGAGCUAAAGUGGCAGCGCUGACCUCUCUGAGCGGAGAGAGGAAGGACUGGGGACUCGGCCGAGCCUGGGAGAGAGACUACCUUUCAAACGCGCGGGACUGCCCUCAGACCAGCUCUGCCUUCGUCAGAGUCUCCAAAGAGCUGAAGAACAAAGAUGGCUACGCUCAGGUUGUCUUCUCCGGCUUCUGUAGGAAGGUGAACAGAUUCAAUAAAAGCACAGACCGAGCUCUGCUCGUCACGGACAAGUACGUCUACAAAUUAGAGCCGAAGAAGCUGUACAAGGUUCUGAAAAGGCUUCCUUUGGACUCGUUCACAGGGCUGAGUGUGACCAGUGGGACUGACCAGAUGGUGGCGCUCCACACGUCCACACAGGAUGACGUUCUACUGUGUCUUCAGCAAGGCGAGCUGUGCCCCAACCAGGAUCGAGUGGGAGAGCUUGUUGGAGCCAUGGUAGACCACUUCACACGCAUCAGGAAAGGUCUGCUCCCCGUGAAGGUCUGCCGCUCGGCGCUGCAGCUCCACAUGCGAGGCAAACCCAAGAGCGUCACCGUGGAAACCAAAGCGGGGCAGACCGUCGCAGACUUCAAGAAGAGCCGAGACGGUUUCAUCCUGCUGGUUCCCGAUAAAUGAGGAGAACUUCUUCUUCAGCUUCGCCGCACAUCCCCACCCCACAGAGAACAGAACCCGGUUCAUCUAGCCUGAGCUGCACGCAGAGAAACGACGAGGUGUUAGCCAAACUAUACAGACUCUUAAAUCUGCUACAAUACUGAGACGUUUCACAUGAUUUCUGCUUUUUUUUAUAGGAUGUUUUUUAAAAUAUAGUCUAGAAAUAUAAUAAAUGAUAAAUAUUGAUAACAAAACCUGCGUCCAAAAGUGUUUGGGUCUGACCUGAGACUUGGUUGCAUGCAUUCAAGCAUUGCACGGAGCUACAGCUCACACUGUACGACGAAACCGCAGGGUUUAAAAGUUCACCGAUCACGAUGUUUGUUCUCACACUGUGCGACGCUCCAAUGCGAUCUACCUGU